UGUAUUUCGGAACACACUCGCGCCAAAAAUCAUGUUUAUACGUUAAAAAUGUCAACCAACGCCAAAUAAUUUUUUUUUCAUCUCUAAUUGCUUGCAUCUUGUAAAAGGAUAUUUUAAAAACUUUUUAAAUUCAAAUUAUUUCACGAAUGGAUAAUAAAAUUAUAUUCGAGGGUGUACAACGAUUUCUAUUUUAAUAGUUUUGUCUUAAAAAUUUGUCAAAGAAGGAACCGUAAGUAAAACAAAAGUGGCAAUAAUAUAAUUUCUAUUUUAAAUAAAAAUAUAUAACAUCUUUCAAAAAUGGACAGAAGAAAAAGUUUAGGAGUCGCUCUACUUACAAAUACAGUCGAAAUGAAUGAGGGAAAUUCUUCUCCAUUAAGAAGAAGAUCAAGUUUCGGUCUCACAAUACCAAAGUCAGUUUCGACAAUUGUUGAAAAUGACGACGAAGCAGAACGUUUGGCUCGACGAAAGGAUCGUCGACAAGAAAUAUCGGAGACACCAACAUCGUCAACAUCAGAUAAACGUCGUUCUCUUGGUCUAUCGAAUAUUGCACACAUUCCGGCGGGACAAAUUUCGGAAAAAAUCAGUCAAUGCAUCAAACUCAGUACUGAGAAUAAAAUUAAUUCAAAAAAUGCCUUUGGUUUGGAAAUUAUUGAUUUCAUGACAUAUCUCAUUAAAAAGAAGGACAAAGAAAUGUCAAAUUUACAAGUGGCCAGUACAUCUUUGGAUGUGAGUGCAAAAAUAUAUGGAUUUCGUGUCGAUGGCGUUCACACGGAUAUGUUGAAAAUGAUUGGCGGUCUCGAUAAGCAGGACAAGAAGAAUGAUGAAAAAAAUGACGAUGAACAGGGUGAGAAUGCUCAAGGUGUUGAGGGGAAUAAUGAGGCAGAUAUGCUGACACAAAAAAAGAAGAAAAAACGUUCGCCGAGAAAUAUUCUCGGUAGUGAAGAAUCAUUCAAAUGUAAUGUCGAUGUUGUUAAUCCCAUGUCAUUAUUAAUGGGCGAAGGCGAUUCACAAACGACAGAUCUUUUAUUUCAAGCCAUGUUGCCUUUACACGAAAAUGGAAAUAUUUAUUUAGAUUCAUUUAGUGGUGUUGUCUACGAUACAGUGCCCGAGGAUAAGCCGGCGGUAUCAAAAGAAAUUGAAUUUUCCAAUAUUAAAAUCAAUAAUGAUCAUGAAAUUUGUCCUCCGUUUUCGAAUUUUCAAAUUAUUGGUUGGUCGGUUGACGAUGAACCGGAGGAACAACCUCACAAUGAUAGUAAAUUUCAAUUUGAUCUGGAUGCAAGUUUACCGGCUGAUGACGUUGGUAAUUCGCGAAUGGAUAUUUUCGAUGUUGAUGACGAUUAUCACGAGGAUGUCGAUAGAUUCGGAGCGAAUACGAGACAAGUGGAGAAUAUUGUUGAUUUUAGUGGUGUCAUUGCUUCGAGUUGUACCAAAAGCAAUUUUGAGUAUUCAUAUCUUCAGGACAGUUUAGCGAGUCAAAUACAGUGGGUGGGACCAAUGCAUUGGAAGGUUCGUUUGAAUAAAUCAAUUGCCAAUAGUAGAGUUGUUGGGAAACCGGCGGCUCACAAGGAUACCGUGAGAAGAAAGAAGGAAGUCACCAUUGAUCAGAAGAAAGACGAGGUCAGGGACGCUAUUCAAGAGAAAUUUCUUCCUGGUACUGCGAUAAAACUCCUCGUGAAAACGGCCAAAGUUGGAUGGGCAGAGGACAAAAUAACUUAUCCAAAAAACGAGCACUACGAUAUGAAAAAUAUUGGAACAUUUUAUUUCCGACCACAAUUACACUUCAGCAUUCCUCGAGAAGAAAACAUAAAUGCAACACAUUUGUCCGAUGAAGUUGAUAAUUAUGAUUAUAAUAAUGAUAACGAUGUCUCGAAUUACUGUCCAAAUAUUCAAAAUGACGACUAUCAAGGUGGCGAUGACAAUGAUAAUGGAGCACUGAGUGGAUUUCAUUCCGAAAUGGAGCACAUAACACCAUCGCAGGGAAUAUUUGCCGGUGAUAAUUUAGUCGCAGCACCAAUAAUAGCAAAUAAAAUUUUCAUUCCAUAUUCUUUGCGUGCGAAGAAAAUUGAUAUGCGUCAAUUGAAGAAAACCAUUUGGAAAUGCUUGACAAGAACAAUGUCCGAUAAGGAGAAUAUCGAUAUUCGUGAGGCAGUCGAGCAGGAAUUGGCCGAUAAUGUUAAGGAGGAAAAAAGCUUCUGUUCCGUCUAUCAAGAUUUGCCGAAAUUCCUAUCGAAAUCAAAUUCAGAAGCUCUGAGUUUACCGAUUGCUUUCGUCUCGAUGUUACAUUUAGCAAAUGAGAAGAAUCUCGAAGUAAAAUCAGUUGAGAGUUUAGAUGAUCUUCGAGUAAAACAAAAUUAAUUUGGAAUUUUUUAUAAAUUCCAAUUUGAUGACUUUUAACUCAUCAAAUUUAAAUGAUUUAAAUUUGAUAAUUAAAAUUUGAUUGAUAACUAAAAUUAAAUUAAGAACAUUUUAAAGAAAGUUGUAGUUGAAUAUAGAAAAAUAGUUAAUACGAACAAAAAAAGCUCUCUAAUUUGUUAAGUGUGAAAUUAAUUGCCAAUUGAUUGGCAAUUAAUUAUGUAUAUAAAUACUCAAUUGAGAGUUAAUGACAAUAAUUAAAAAUAGAUUUUUUUUUAUAAAAGA